UGUCUUAUUGGCAACUUUCAAGAGUUCCUUUUGAAAUGAUCAGGACUGCUACAGAGGCAGAGCGGUCGUGAACUGUGUCUCGAGGAGCUUGUAAUUAUAGCGAUUUGCACACUGCUCUGCACCGCUGUCUGUGUAACUAACUUGCGCUUGCCAAAACAUGGGCCGGCAAUUUGACAUUAUAUUCCUCGACGCCUGUUUGAUACAGAAGGAAGACGAUAGCAUAUGCCCAAUCAGAAGUUUCCAGCGCCAUGCUGUUAUACAGCACUUAGCAGAACUGGUCGGUAAAAAAGGCAUCGUAUUUGUCAAUGUUGUAUCUCGCUCUUCCACUAAGGUACUAAAGGAAAUGAUUAGCGCUAAAUAUGAUCAACACUUCAAGUAUAGAAAGCAAACCAGAGUCGAAGGAACAGGCAAUUACAUAUUGAGCUAUUCCCAAUACAAGUAUGAAGGUCUUGCCAGUAGUUCAGCAUUUGAGAUGAAAGAUGUCUAAUUCUUGUUCCAAACAAAACCAAUGAAUUUAUUACUUGUAGCAGC